GCUCAGGCCAAAUAAAACAAGCCCAAGGGCCAGUUUUGACCCAUUUUGCCACUUCUGAUGUAGGGCUUCCAAACUGUACAUGUUUUCUUUCUCUUACAAAGCGUCUUGUCACUCAGAGAUUGGCAAAGGAGUUCUUUGUGCUUGGUUUGGCCCCAUUUUUAUCAAUGGCCUUAACACUUGGUCAUAGAGCAUACACUGAGGAAGGAUGGGGGAGCCUGGGAACAUUUCACCAUCUUCCUGCCUCGAGUGUCUUUCACUAACUCCCUCCUUUCCAGAGGCCCCAUGAGUGAGUCUUCUUCUGGUUUACAAAUCUGAUCCCAUUAUCAGCCCUGCCUCACCCCUGUAACUAGUCCGAAAGUCCCUCAGCCCAGUGUCCAAGGCCCUCCACACACUGACCUUCCCAGAUUCACACUUCAUACUUUAGUUCAUGCACUUUCCUCCACUUGGGGCAGCUUUUCUCCCUUUUUAAACCUAAUGAACACCUAUUCAGCCUUCAAAGCCCUGCUCAAAUGACCCCUCACCUAGGAUACUUUCUCUGGCUGGAUUAAUGCAUUUCUUCUAGGCCUACCAUGUCUUCUUCUUACACCUCUUGCACCUACCACAGGAUAUUAUGAUCAGCUAUAGGCAGAAAUAUUUCUCCUUCUAGACCAUGACCUUGACAAGGGCAAGGUUCUUGUCUUAUUAAAUUCUCACAUCCUGAGCGUCCACCCCAGCGCCAUGCACAUAGGAGGCCUCAGUAAGUAUUUACAGAAACAAAUCUUUCUGCUGGAACCUGUUAGUUCACUGAUUCAGACUCUGGUGACCAGGGUGUAGUUCAGAAUACAAAAUGCUUGAAGAGGUGGUGCCAUCAUCGACUCAGCACAUAGCAUGUGCUCAGUAAAUACUUGCAGAAUGAAUGUGUUAGUGAGUACAGAGGACUUGACUUGUCGUCACUGGUGGUCUGACAUUAGUGUGCCCUUUGAACGUGGCUUUGGUGGAAUUAAGCUAACCGUGGUAUAGUAUGCACCUGAAGGAAAGUGGAGCCGGAUUCUGGGUCUGCAGAAUGUUGUCACCUGAUGAGGAAGAACUGGAAGACACUGGAAGAAGGCUUUGGAAAAAUGCCCAAAUUAUGAGAAGGUGAGAGAUGCUCCUUCCGCCUGCUCUGUCAGCAGGUAAAGGAGGCAAUCACAGGCUGGCACUAUCCUGAGUGGAAGAAACGCGUGGUCUUGCCAAUACAGACCCACAGAGCUGUCCUCCAACACAAUCCCCAAGAACCACAAAACACAGGGGUGUGUCUCGGGAAAGGAAGUCACAACUCGCAUAAAGGUUGCUUCUGCUUCGGGGAAAUGUUCUAGAAAGACAGCCAGGUUACCUUGCCGUGAACUCACACACAGCUGUGCUUUCUUCAUGUUAUUUUUCAUAGGAGAGGGAAGUGCCAGGAAUUAAAAUUGCCAAAGCACUGUUCCCCCAGGUGUGUGGGUGAGGCACGCUUCCUGGGACCACUCCGUUUCAGCGUUGGGUGCCAGGUGUGCUCACCAGCAGGCGGCUCUUUAUCGAUUUCCUCCCGUGGACUGGAUGUUUGGGAUUUUGUUUUGUACCAGAUUUUAUUACAGAAUAAUUUUUUUAAUUAAUAAACAAACAAAUACACCAUUCCCAGCUUCUGACUGGCCCAAGAUGCUGGGCUAGACCUCUUUGCCGUGGUACAAAGAGUACCCUAAACCAAAAACUUGACGUUUCUGUUAGCUGGUAUUCCCCAGGAGGAUGAAGAGGAUGGUCUCCACUAGAGUCUUUAAAGUGCUGGAGACACUGAAAAACCUGAAUAGUACGCCCUUAAUUAAUGUUAGUCUGUAUUAUUGUUGUUGUUAUUGCCUUCUGGGAAGUUAUGAAUGCCAGGCUCAGAACAACGGAUCCAUACCCAGAUGGUGGCGACUGCAGUGAGAACAAUGGCUGAGGUUUCCUAAGCCUUAACUAGGUGCCAGGCAUAGUUUUACAUGCUCUGCAUACAUGAUCUCAUUUAAUCAUCCCCGUAACCCUCUAAAGGAGGUAUUCUUGUCCUCCCAUUUUACGGAAGUAACUGACCCAGCAUUGGUAGGUGUUGGAGGGAGCUGGGGUCUGUCUGACUUAGCACCAGAGUGGCUUUGCUGCUGUGUAAGUCAAAGAGGCUUCUCAGUCCUAAAUCCUCAAAGAAGUAUGAGUUAUAUCAAUUCAUGGCUUUACUUUGUUUAUCUUCAUAUGUUCCACGUCUUCUAAAAGGAAAACUCCACGUAGAGUCAUGUGGCUCUUCCUAGGGAAGUUAUAGGCAUUUGGCUGAAUCUGAAUACAUAUCCCCGUAUUCCAGAAAUUGGAAAUCACAGUAUGUCUUCUUUAUGGUGAGGUCUUCAGAGCAUCCACCAUCUCUGAUCGCUCAGGGCUUGGCAUGAGGAGGUGCUCAAUAUAGUCAUGGAGAAGAACUCAUGGAAUGAACUUCCUAGUGAACCAGAGGAACGGUGCAGAGAUUUAAGAUUGCAGCAGGAACCCCCAAGCCAAUGCUCUCACCCAGGGUGGCAGAAGGAGCCCUUCUGGAGCUGACCCACCCCCGACGACCAUCAGGUAACGUCAACAGCCACAGAAACAACAUCCGGUGACCUUGAGCCGCAAAACUGCUGUCCACGUGGACCGGGGCUGACAUCGCACGUCCAUCUGCCAGGACCCCAGCAUCCAAAUUCCGAGACAUGGCAACCAACGGCAGCAAGGUGGCCGAUGGGCAGAUCUCCACCGAGGUCAGCGAGGCCCCUGUGGCCAAUGACAAGCCCAAAACCUUGGUGGUCAAGGUGCAGAAGAAGGCAGCGGACCUCCCCGACCGGGACACGUGGAAGGGCCGCUUCGACUUCCUCAUGUCCUGCGUGGGCUACGCCAUUGGCCUGGGCAACGUCUGGAGGUUCCCCUAUCUCUGCGGGAAAAAUGGUGGUGGAGCCUUCCUGAUCCCCUACUUCCUGACACUCAUCUUUGCGGGGGUCCCUCUCUUCCUGCUGGAGUGCUCCCUGGGCCAGUACACGUCCAUCGGGGGGCUGGGGGUGUGGAAGCUGGCUCCUAUGUUCAAGGGCGUGGGCCUUGCGGCUGCUGUGCUGUCAUUCUGGCUGAACAUCUAUUACAUUGUCAUCAUCUCCUGGGCCAUCUACUACCUGUACAAUUCCUUCACCACGACGCUGCCGUGGAAACAGUGUGACAAUCCCUGGAACACAGACCGCUGCUUCUCUAACUACAGCAUGGUCAACACCACCAACAUGACCAGCGCCGUGGUGGAGUUCUGGGAGCGCAACAUGCAUCAGAUGACAGACGGGCUGGAUAAGCCAGGUCAGAUCCGCUGGCCACUGGCCAUCACGCUGGCCAUCGCCUGGAUCCUGGUGUAUUUCUGUAUCUGGAAGGGUGUCGGCUGGACCGGAAAGGUGGUUUACUUCUCAGCCACAUACCCCUACAUCAUGCUGAUCAUCCUGUUCUUCCGUGGAGUGACGCUGCCCGGAGCCAAGGAAGGCAUCCUCUUCUACAUCACCCCCAACUUCCGCAAACUGUCCGACUCCGAGGUGUGGCUGGAUGCGGCCACCCAGAUCUUUUUCUCAUACGGGCUGGGCCUGGGGUCCCUGAUCGCUCUCGGGAGCUACAACUCUUUCCACAACAACGUCUACAGGGACUCCAUCAUCGUCUGCUGUAUCAAUUCGUGCACCAGCAUGUUCGCAGGAUUCGUCAUCUUCUCCAUCGUGGGUUUCAUGGCCCAUGUCACCAAGAGGUCCAUUGCUGAUGUGGCGGCCUCAGGCCCCGGGCUGGCGUUCCUGGCAUACCCGGAGGCAGUGACCCAACUGCCUAUCUCCCCACUCUGGGCCAUCCUCUUCUUCUCCAUGCUGCUGAUGCUGGGCAUUGACAGCCAGUUCUGCACUGUGGAGGGCUUCAUCACGGCCCUGGUGGACGAGUACCCCAGGCUCCUCCGCAACCGCAGGGAGCUCUUCAUUGCUGCUGUCUGCAUCAUCUCCUACCUGAUCGGCCUCUCUAACAUCACUCAGGGAGGCAUCUAUGUCUUCAAACUCUUUGAUUACUACUCUGCCAGUGGCAUGAGCCUGCUGUUUCUCGUGUUCUUUGAAUGUGUCUCUAUUUCCUGGUUUUACGGUGUCAACCGAUUCUAUGACAAUAUCCAAGAGAUGGUUGGCUCCAGGCCCUGCAUCUGGUGGAAACUCUGCUGGUCUUUCUUCACCCCAAUCAUUGUGGCGGGUGUGUUCAUUUUCAGUGCUGUGCAGAUGACGCCUCUCACCAUGGGAAGCUACGUUUUCCCCAAGUGGGGCCAAGGUGUGGGCUGGCUCAUGGCUCUGUCUUCCAUGGUCCUCAUCCCCGGGUACAUGGCCUACAUGUUCCUCACCUUAAAGGGCUCUCUGAAGCAGCGCAUCCAAGUCAUGGUCCAGCCCAGCGAAGACAUCGUUCGCCCGGAGAAUGGUCCCGAGCAGCCCCAGGCCAGCAGCUCCACCAGCAAGGAGGCCUACAUCUAGGGUGGGGGCCGCUCGCCGACCCAACACUCUCACCCCCCGACCUGGCUGAGCACGACCACCACUUGAUGUCUGAGGAUAACUUCUGUCUCAACCUACCUCGAGUGGCGAGUCCAGAUACCAUCACCACGCAGAGAGGGGAGGUGGGAGGACAGUUAGACCCCUGGGUGGGCCCUGCCGUGGGCAAGGAUACCCAGUGGCUUCCGGUACCCAGUGGGCUGGUGACCUUUUUAAUCUAGGCCCCAUCAGCAUCCCACGAUCGGCCUUGGUAACCGCCACGGUAGAUCAUUUUUAUCCUGCCAGGGAGCGUGAUACAGCGAGGCCACACGUGCUCCUGGCUUUUAGACCUGUUCCUGACUGUUCUCUUACUGCCGAAACCCGCGACUGUUAUCUCGGACUUUGCAGGAGUUCCUUUCCCUCAGAACGCUGCUCCAUGCACAGGAAAAGGGCAUUUUGUACAAUGGAGACUUCCCAGGAGCGCUUGCUCUUAAGUAGCAGGAGCCAGCGGAGCUCUGGCUUUCGUGUUUUUGGUUUUCUCCUUUCCAAGGCAGCUGGACAA